AUGGACAGACCAACUGAAGGUUCAAAUGGGACAUUUGAAAGAUUAUAUUAUUGCUUGCAUGCAUGCAAGCAGGGUUUUCUUGAUGGUUGUAGACUAAUAAUUGGUCUAGAUGGCUGUUUUCUUAAGACAGCAUUUGGUGGCCAAUUACUGUCUACACUUGGGAGAGAUGGCAACGAUAACAUGGUGGCAAUAGCAGUUGUAGUGGUUGAGGUAGAGAGGUAUAACUCCUGGAAAUGGUUUUUGGAGUUGUUAAUGGCUGAUUUGGGCAUGGGAAAGGAUGACAUUCCUUGGACAUUUAUCUCAGAUAGACAGAAAGGGCUAGUACAUGUUGUGAAUGAACUUUUUCUAGAUUCGGAACAUAGAUUCUGCUUGAGACAUAUGUACCAAAAUUUCAACCAAAAGUUCAAAGGAAAGGAAAUGAAAGACAUGUUCUGGGUUGCUGCAAGUGUUGGCAAUGAAAAGGAAUGGAAGGUGGCAAUGAAUGACUUGGAAAAGGUAAACAAAGAAGCUGCUGAAUGGCUGAACCGGAUUCCACCAACUCUGUGGAGUAGAUCACAUUUUAGAGGAAGUAGUAAGUGUGACAUUCUAGCGAACAACCUAAAUGAGUCAUUCAACAAUUAUAUAUUAGAAGCAAGAGAGUUACCAAUCAUUGGGAUGCUUGAAUGGAUAAGGAGGAAACUGAUGCAUAGAAUUCAAACAAAAAGAUCUGGAAUGCAAAAGUUUCAUGGACAAAUCUGUCCAAAUAUAGCAGAAAAGAUUGAUAAGAAUCAAAGGUUGAGCCGGACAUUUGUUGCGACAUGGGACGGACAUCACAAAUAUGAGAUAGAUUGUGGUCCGAGAAAAUGUGUGGUUGUUGAUUUGCAUGAAUGGACUUAUACCUGUGGUUAUUUUCAACUAACAGGUUAUCCUUGUGCCUAUGCAUGUGCUGCAAUAGGAGUGUGUAGAUUACCUAUUCACAAUUAUGUUCAUGCUUGCUACACUAGAGUAGAAUAUCUGAAGACAUAUGCACACACUAUCACACCUAUUCCAAGUGAUACCUACUGGAUAACAUGUGAACAAGAGGGCUUAAACCCCCCUGCAGUUAGGAGAAUGCCUGGCAGACCAAAGAAGAUGCGUCAAAGAGCACAAGAUGAGCCUAAGAAAGGCCAAAUAUCAACUAGAAAGGGUCUAUCUGCACCUGAAGCAAGUGUUACAACUUCCAUUCAAUCACAGCCAAUUGUUGAGUCAUCUACUGAACCACAGUCAUUUACUGAAGAGGCUGCUGCAACCGGAACUACUACAAAGACAAGCACUAAGGCUCGGAAGUCUGUAGCUGGUACAAACCAAGGGUGUAACAGGGCUGAUGACACCACUGCACCAACAAAAAGAGCUCUGGCUCGUAGUGUUACUGAUGUCCUGCAGAAAUUAAGGCCAAAGAGGGCAAAAGCUGUCCAGCCUUAA